GCACGAAAGUCUAUGGAAUUAUUUGUUUGUGAUAUGUUAGAUUGUAUUUUGUUCAGAUGUUACGUUAUAAGUUGAUUUCACAUUAUCACGCAAUCUGUGAAUCGCUCAUAAAGAAAAGAAAUAGCUGAAAAAAGUGGAGUGCAGUGCGCAUUUAUGGGAACGUCUACGUCUAGGAGAAUGGACGAUAGUGAUUCGCGAUCGAGAUCCGACGAUAGUUCAGAUCAAGACUCAGACUUAGCAACCAUCUUGCAAUAUCUGAUUAGGAGAUUGUCUUCGAAGAAAACAGGAAAGAUGUAUUUCUGGCUUAUGGGCAUGCGGUUAGAGAACUGCUACAGAAUCUGAAUUUGCAACAACAACAAAACAAGGCUCAAGGUCAAAGGGAGGGAGGAGCUGGACAGACAUGUGGGGAGAAAUGGAAGUACAGAACAGAUAGGAGGAGAUCGACCAACAAUGAUGGGGGGGGAAGGAGAUUGGGACUUAACCUGUAUACUCGUGUGUUGCAAAGUGUGCAUUCUCUUUUCCAUUUAAGAAGACUGAGCCACAGCAAUGCGUAGCUGGGUACAAUUAGUUACUUAAUACAAAUGCAUUGAUGGUUCUUUUGGAAAGGAUACUCUGAUCUACUUUCCCAUUCUCACUGAAUCAGAGCUUUUCCUUCAUCUCAAAUGAUGUCGUUCUCAGCAGACACUGAAUACCUAUUUUCCUGUUUGCUGUGGGCUUGAACAAGUCGUUGCGUUAUUAUGAUGAUCACAUUGAGCGGCCAAGUGCACAUCAUCUCUUCUGAACAGGACGAUAGUGAUGAUGAAUUUGUUGCUGCUGCGACUCCUCCAAGGAUAGAUCCAGAUCCCAACACAAAAAAUUUAGAUAAAAGCGAGUUUAGUCUGACUACAAGACAGUCAUGUGGCCUAUUACAUUCCAUUGGGAGGAAGCGACCGAUUUCUGUUACUGCCAUGAUAAAUGCAAGAGAGCGUGGUAUGCCUGGCUCAGAGGCCUUCACAAGAGGAGACCGCUGCAGGAUUGCAAAUUCAUAUCUUCCUAACAGGAUGAGAACUGUUGCAACAUAUCAGAGCAAGGCUUUUUGUGGUACCUUCUCUCAAGAUGGAAACAUUUUCCUAAGUGCUUCUCAAGAUCGCAACCUGAGGCUUUAUCACACAGGCGAGGGAAAAUUUAAAUAUAUACGUUCAAUACAAGCAAGAGAUGUUGGCUGGAGCAUACUAGACACUGCUUUUAGCCCAGACAAUAACUACAUUGUAUAUUCUAGUUGGUCAGAAUGUUUGCAUCUGUGUAAGUUGUAUGGAGAUCCUGAUAAUCAAGAUGCACUGCCCUUAGGACCACAAGAAAGACGUUUCUGUAUUUUUUCUCUCACAUUUUCUUGUGAUGGACGAGAAAUACUUGGUGGAGGAAAUGAUGGCUACCUUUAUGUGUAUGACAGAGAGUGCAACCAGAGAGCUCUGAGGAUAGAGGGUCAUGAUAAUGAUGUAAAUACAGUUGCUUUUGCUGAUGAUACAUCGCAUAUUUUGUACAGUGGAGGCGAUGAUGGGCUCUGUAAGGUUUGGGAUCGCCGAACUUUAAGUGAGCAAAAUCCUGUCCCUGUCGGUGUUUUAGCAGGCCAUAUGGAUGGCAUUACAUAUAUUGAUCCAAGAGGCGAUGGUCGGCAUUUCAUUUCCAACUGCAAAGACCAAAGUAUAAAAUUGUGGGAUGUCCGUGUAUUUUCUGGCAAAGAUGGUCAACAGAAUACACUUAAGGCUGUGGCUGAUCAAAGUUGGGAUUACCGAUGGCAGAAGGUCCCCAGGAAAUUGCUCAAUCCAAAGAAACCUUUGGCUGGUGAUACGUCUAUAAUGACCUACAGGGGUCAUACCGUCUUGCAGACAUUAGUAAGAUGUCAUUUUUCUCCUGCUUUUACAACGGGCCAGCGAUACAUAUACACAGGCUGUGCUGCUGGCAGAAUAAUCAUUUAUGAUGUGCUGACGGGCCGUAUUGAGAGCAAGCUUGCUGGUCACCGUGGCUGUGUCCGUGAUGUUUCUUGGCACCCAUAUCGGCAGGAAAUUAUGAGCACUUCAUGGGAUGGCUCUGUGGCACAGUGGACAUAUUGUGCAGAAUAUGAUGAUGCAGAUAUAGAUGGAGCAUCAACAGACACUCUUGACGAUGAUGCAAAAGAUUCAGAAAAUGGGAGAAGACGACUGCGACGCAGCCAGCGCAUUGCACAACAGCGAGCACGACAGCAGUUUGAAAGUAGUAGUAGUGCUGGAUCCUGACAUCUUUGUCCAUAGGACAAAAUAUUUUGCAUCAUCAUGUACAUUACAUUCAUCUUCAUGUGUUUUCAUUUUUCUCACAUCAGUCUUAAUGGGCAGCAUAAAUAUUUUUAUUUGGUUUUGUGAGGGGCUGACUUUUUUGUUUGAGAGGAAAGACACUUUCAAGGAUUUACAUGUGGAAAAAUUGACUUUGUCAGCAGAAAGUUUAUUUCAGUUUAGGUCUGUUGGGGUUUUGCCAUGGAUACAUAACUUAUAAAAACAACACAUGUAUAAGUUUCUUUUAAAGUUAUAAUACUCAUUUUUGUGUUAUUUGUGUCAAUGUGCAAAAAUUGCAUUUUGGAAAAUUUUGAUAGGUGUAAAGCAAUACGAGCUUUCAUUGAAUAUUACUUGCCCUUUGAUAAUCCUUGAUAAACAUAGUUUCCUGUUGACUAUACAUACAUUACGCUGUUUAUUUUUUAUAGAUCUACAGUUAGUUAAAUUGUUAUAAAAAUUAAAUCAUUUAUAUUUUUGUCUUAAUAGAUAAUUUUAAAUUAAUCUUGUCAUGUAGCGAAGAGCAGAUUACCACCUUAUUCAUUUAUGCAAAUAAUCAUCUCGUUUCCAAAUUAUCGUUUAUUAUGCACCCCUAAUACAUGUCCUGUGUCUCUGCCCUAGAUUCAAAAAGAGGAAUUCUUAUGUAUAUAACUACCUGUAUAUACCCACAUAUUGUAACACACAUACAUAUGCAUAAUGUAAAAGUUAUUUUAUGUACAGCAAACAGAGCUGUUAACUAGGUUUUUCAGAAUGAGAAAUAAAGAAUUUGAUUUGUA